ACUCUUACUUUCAAGCAUUACAAAAACACGCAAGUUGUAAGUUGUAACCACACAAAAUGCCUCACCUUAUCCUCCAACUUUCAGUCACAAUGCUUCUCAUUUUCUCUCUUCCCACUAAUAUUGCUACUAAAACCACUGACGACUCUCUUGUCCUAGAUGUCGACGGGAACCCCAUCGAAGUAGGCUCAGCUUACUACGUCCGCACUGAACUGUCGAAAGCCGGUAUCGGUGGUGGCUUAGUCACGGCAUCCAAACCAAACCAUACUCAAUGCCCUCAAUACGUAGCUCAAUUAGCCUAUGGUUUCGAAGGCGAGAUCCCAGUUACAUUCUACCCUUCUAGCUCAUCACAAAAAUUCAUCCAUAUUUCCUCGGACCUCAACAUCAUCUUCAACACCACAUCUAACGUCUGCUCGCAGGGCGCAUGGCAGCUCACGCCCGACGCUAGCAACGGCAACUUGUACUUGUCUACCGGAGGCGUUAUCGGAAACCCUGGCUCACAUACGAUUGCUAAUUGGUUUAAGAUAGCUAGAAGUCCGUAUGAUCCCAAGUUUUAUCAGCUUGAAUAUUGCCCUGACGCUAAAACUGUUGCGUCUGCUACGGGUGACAUAGUGUGCGGCGCGAUUGACGCUCUUGAUUCUACGGAUGACUUCUUGUUGAUGUGGUUAGGUCUCAAAACCAUUAGACCAGAUUUCUUCCAUUGGCUUAGCUUUGUUAAAGCUUAAAUAUUAUUCAUAAUUAAAUAAUCCAUCCAAGUCAAUUGGAUAUGCAUUAUUUUUCAUUUUGAUAUGAAUAAAAUCAGUUUGCUCCAUCUUU